AUGGGAUUGUCACCGGAAGAAGAACAUCCUGUUAAGGCCUUUGGCUGGGCAGCAAGAGACUCUUCUGGUCAUCUCUCUCCUUUCAACUUCUCAAGAAGUUAUGUCGUUCGAUUUCCUGAUAAUAUAUUACUUCAUACUGCUCCACCUUUACUAUGUGCUGGAAUUACAGUAUACAGUCCAUUGAAAUACUUCAGACUUGCAGAAUCAGAAAAGCAUGUUGGUAUUGUAGGCCUCGGUGGCUUAGGUCAUUUAGCUGUUAAAUUUGCCAAAGUAAUGGGGGCCAAAGUUACUGUCAUCAGUAGCUCACUUAGUAAGAAAAUUGAUGCCUUGGAACGUUUAGGUGCUGAUUCUUUUUUGCAUAGUAGUGACCACGACGAAAUGCAG